UAUUAUCAAUCAUCAAUAUCAUCACCUUUUUCUCUUCUUCUUCUUCUUUUCUUAAUUCUUAAUUCUUCUUCUUUUUAAUCUUAAUAUCUCUCUUUCAUUAACCAUGGCAAACACCGGUUUAGAGAUUGCGUUCCUGAUAUUAGUAAUUUACAUGGUCAUGAUGCCAAUCUCUUCAGCUACGGUUUACACUGUUGGAGACACAUCAGGCUGGGCAAUGGGCGUGGACUAUAGCACUUGGACAAGUGACAAAGCCUUCGUAGUUGGAGAUAGCCUAGUGUUCAACUAUGGGAGUAGCCACACAGUGGACGAGGUGAGCUCUAGCGACUACAGCAGUUGUACCGCAGGGAAUGCCAUCACAUCAGACAAUACAGGCACCACCACAGUCGCUCUCAAGACAACAGGUACUCAUUACUUCAUCUGUGGCGUAAUGGGCCACUGUGGCAGUGGGAUGAAGCUCGCCGUCACAGUCAAGUCCGGUGGCUCAUCCACCUCGCCAUCUUCGGACACACCAUCUGGUUCGACUACUACGUCACCUUCUUCUUCUGGCGGUACGACCAGUACAACAGGGGUUAGGACACCGGCCUCCUCAUCAUCAUCCCAUUCUCCGGCGGAUUCAUCUACAGAAACUGCUUUGGUGAACGUGUUUGGUACUGUUGUGGCUGUGUUUGUUGCUUAUUGGUCUAGUUAGUUUGUAUCUCUUGGUUUCUCUCUCUCUCUUGUGAAUUGGUUGGCAGAGUUGGUCAGUUGUACUUGUACCAGUACUACUACUCUGGCCAGGACAGAGGCAGUGCUCUUAUUAUUAUUUUUAUUAAUAUUUGUUUGCUUCUCUAUGUAUUUUGGAGUCUUUUAUGUAUGUUUUCCUUAUUAUAUAUUAAUGAGUAGGAUUUAUUUCUUUAA